AUGGAAUCGACAGAGCGGCUUGUGCAUACAUGGAUGGCGUCUGGUAGGGACGAGGAGGUUGCAGCGACGGUGUCUGAAUACUUAACUUCUGAAGAAGAUAAUCUUCGCACCAAGGGCGUUGAAUUCCUGUCUUUGGUACUGGACCGAUGUCCCCCAGAAAAAUUAAAUCGCCAAUCUGUACGAGUCCUUGUGACGUUCUACUGCAGCAAACUAGAGGACACGGAGACAAUAAUACCUGCUCUGAAAGGACUGCUUUCACUUUCUCGUCUUAACAACUGUACAAAUGAAGAUGUGCCCGUCAUUAUCAAAGCUUUAUUCACAUACGUCAGAAUGAAAGUACUCGUCCAGUCAGUACGGCUGGUCGUGUAUUCCAUCAUUGACAAUUUCAUGGCGCGUCACAGAGAUGCUCUAAAGCGGAUGAACAAGGAAUUCUUGGUUGGUUAUAUCACCCUCGCAGAUGGCGAAAAGGAUCCAAGAAAUCUUUUGGUCGCAUUCGCAAUCGCACGAGUAAUUCUCGUCGAGUUUGAUAUAUCUGAUUUUGUGGAGGGUUUCUUCAACAUAACGUUCUGUUACUUUCCCAUCACGUUCCGACCACCUCCAAAUGACCCUUACGGUAUCAGUGCUGAUGACCUCAAACGCAAUCUUCGCCGCUGCUUGAGUGCAACACCUGCGUUUGGCCCAAUGGCUAUACCUGUCUUCUUGGAAAAGCUUACAGCCGGAUCGCCUAUGACCAAGAGGGAUACAUUGCAGAGCAUGUCAGAAUGUUUCCCCGUGUACGGUGCUGGUUUGGCCAGGAGUUCUGCGCGUGAAAUUUGGAAUGCGCUCAAGUUGGAGAUAUUCCAACCGACCGAUACCAUCACUGCGGACAUGGCCUUGAGCUGUACGCAAUCUUUGGUAAAGACCAUAUAUUCGGCAGACUCGAAGGCGGAAGACGACUCGAAAACAGACAUCGAAGGCCUGGCUCAAGACGCAUGCGAAGAGUGUAUCAAAAUCCUUCGUGAACCGGAGAAAAGUCAGGCGAGGCCUGCGAUCAAGGUUCUUUGUGCUUUUAUGUCAACUACCCCUUCCGUUGCCCGUUACACUAUUUCGAAGACGGCACCACAUUUAGUUACACUAUUCGUUACACUUGAGGAGACAACCAGUCGACUAUCUGAUCUAUUGCUGCUGUCGGACCUCAUCGCUGCGGCAAGGGAUUCCGUUUCCAACCUCCAACAGUCGGAAGUCACGGAGCCUCCGUUGUUACUCUACAAAGAUGAAGUCCUUGGCAUUGUCACUACAGGUCUCCAAACUAGCUCUCUCAGGCGACCUGCCUUGGCCUGUCUUUUGGGAAUGGUAUCUACGAAAAAUUUACUCACAGAUGAAGAACUCGGCUUCGUCGUCCAUAAGACUAAUGAGGUUCUGCAGGGAAACAGCGAUGAAAAUGAAGACGAAAGUGAUACACUGAAAUUGUUGACAACUAUAACUACUAUAUCUCCCCAUCAUGUGGUUGACCAAACUCUACCUCUUUUAUUCAACGACCUUCCCGACCGACCUCCUUCAAGGGACGCAGUCGCAGAUCGCAUAAAAUACCGGCGUGUUCUAACAGCGCUGAGCACUCUCUGCCAGCAACCAGAGCUUUUCGAGGUCUUCAUGAUACGGUUGACUACGAGAGUCGAGCUUCUUUGUUCUUCUACAGAUAUCGAGGCUGACUUGGAACCUCGCGCUGCGUAUGCGCAUGCCAUCCUCAAGUCCAUUGCCCAGACAAUGUCAUCGAAAGUCGACGAGAGGCACGUUGAUGUUCCUAAAUACAUCGACCGACUUGUACCGAGACUAUUCAACCUUUUUAUCUAUUCAGCUCUGAACUCUGAUGGUGGUUAUGUGAUAGCCACAGAUCCUAGGCUGAUCCUCGUUGCUGGGGAUAUUAUCAGUCUAGUGACUCAAUGCCUAACGGUGGAGAAAUAUCAAAUAUUUAUGGCUGUCGUAUUUUCUGCGUUUCUUUCGGGAAAUGUCGCCGGUAUCUGUGAAGGGCAACCAAAACUUCCCGUCGAUGUAGUGAUACAUCCAUUCCAGGAAUCUGCCUCUACACCGAUAAAGAAUCUGAUCCUUUUAUUUGCCGCUGCAACUGAUAUUUUGAAGUGGAGUCUUACGACAGCGGACAAUGACAUACAGAGAGAAGCUGCUUGGAAGAUCCUAGCUUCUAUUCUUAACAAGCAUACUGCAGGAAAAGUAUAUGUCGUUAAUCGCCGAGCAGAUGCCUCUGGAUUCCUCACUCAACAGCUUGAGACAUUCGCACCAAAUAGACUGUUCCGAUACAGCCUUGACAGUGUUGCGGCCUGGGUCCAUAUCUGUAAAGCGCUCCUGGUUCAGAGCCAUCCGCUGACUCUUGACUUUUCUGACCGCCUGUUUGGCGUGUUCGGGGACGAGAGUAUUGGCUGGGAUGCAGCCAAGGCAAUCGGACAAGUUGUUGAACCUGGUGAUGUGCUGUCGAAGAGCAAUCACGCAGUCAUCAAGAUUUUACACGUGCAACGAUUCGUUAGCAAGAUUUUACCCCGUAUCAUUACCGGGGCAAACGACGCAAGCAAACCUGAUGAACAAAUAUCCAAUCUUGUAGCCCUAGCAUCUCUCAUUAAAUCUAUAUCAAAAUCAUUAUAUUCACAACAGAUGCCUACAUUAAUACCUCUUCUAUUACGCGGUCUCGACCUUCCCGAUGAAAGUACACACGUGAAUGUCAUUGACACAUUCAUUGCUGCUGCAGAAGGAGAUACGCCUGAACAAAGCCUGGUCGCCGAACAUGUCCCAUCAUUGAUAUCCAAGAUGCUGAAGAACAGUAGGAUUCAGGAUAUGCCUUCGAUGAGAGUAAGAAUCGCAGCAACCCGAUAUCUGGCCAUCCUGCCGCAGAUUGUCCGUUAUGAUAUCUUGCAUCCUUACAAGUCGCAAGUUGUCAAAGAGCUGGUGAAAGUUCUAGAUGAUUCCAAGCGUGCUGUCAGAAAAGAAGCCGUCGAUGCACGGUAA